AAAGCAACUUUGAAUAAUUUGCUUUUUAGCGAAGGCGUGGGUCGGUGCUAAAAAUUUCGCUGAUACACUCAUUUUAACUUUACAAAUAUCUUGGCAAGAUGGCGGGAGAAGUAUCUAUGGGUCAUGCCAAAUCUACUGGCAUUGUCAGUAUUUUCAUACUUAUUUUUGCUGUUGUGAACCUCAUUACUGGGUUUGUGUUUGUUUCUUAUGGAAGUAAGGAUGCCACUGGUAUUUGGAUUGGAUUGUUGCUUGCCGUGGCCGGUGUUCUUGGCAUCCUUGUGUGGGUGAAAAAGAACAAAACAAUUAUGGUAUUUUUCCUUGUUAUCUGCAUCAUUGACAUCAUCACAUGCAUUGUGCAGGCCGCACUAGCUGCCAUUGCCUUCAUUAUAUGGCAAAUCCUGAAAGCCAUCAUUGAGACAAAAUGCAAGAUUGUGGGUGAUCGUUGUGAUUGUCAAGGCGAGAACGUUCCUAUGGAAUUAAAAGAUUGUUCUUGGAUCAGCGCCAUUGAAGCCAUCUUCCUGGUCAUCUUGAUUGUCAAUGGUUUGGCCACCAUCUUUGUAUUUGCUGGUUCGAUUAUUGGAUGCAUGGCGACAUGUUGUGCUUCAAGCCCACCUCCACAGCAAGGAGGAGUUGUCAUCGUCCAACAACCAGCACCAAUGCAACCAUACCCACCAGCAGGAGCCAUGCCACCACCUGGCUACAACCAGGUCCUUGAAACCGCAAGCCAAUUUCUAAUCAAAACUUUAAAGAUGGGAGACGUUGCCCCAGGUCAUGCCAAAGCGGCUGGAAUUGUUGGAAUAUUUGUUCUGUUGAUGGCUCUUCUUAAUCUUAUAUGUGGUAUCAUUUGGGUUACAUACGGAGGGAGCGAUGCAUCUGGGAUAUGGCCGGGAAUACUUCUUUUGCCUACMGCUAUCCUUGGGAUCAUUACUUGGCCUAAAAGGAGCAAAGGAACGUUGAUCGGUUUCUUGGUCUUAUGUAUCAUAACCAUUAUCACAAGCAUCGUCCAAUGCGUAAUCGCAGGUCUUGCAUUCCUUAUAUGGCAAAUCCUGAAAGCUGUCAUUGAGAGCAAAUGCACGAUUAAAGCUGGCAAGUGCGACUGUGGAAGCGACAAGAUUCCGUUGGAACUGGAGGACUGCUCAUGGAUCAGUGCCAUUGAAGCCAUUUGGUUGUGUAUAUUGAUUGGAAAUGGCUUGGCCACCAUUUUUGUCUUUGCUGGUUCCAUCAUUGGGUGCAUGGGAACGUGCUGUGCUAAAACUCCUACUCAAACAGCAGUCGUCAUGGUUGAAAAACAGUAACCRUGCAGGUAUACUCAAGGAUGUCCCGAAUGGUGCUAACAAUAAAGAUUAGAAUCGUGAAAUGUAAAACGCGAAAAUUUUUAUAAGAGUACAAAUGCUAAUACCGUGAAAUAGUAACUAAUUAAAUUACAAAAUUCUACAAAAUUAGAAUAGGGUGAAGCAAAGAUCCCGUGAAAUACAUCUUAUUACGCUGUAUUGCACUGUUUAAUAAUAUGUUUAAUAUAGUAAUAAUAUGUUAAUUGAGUAAUUCUUUAGUUUUCUGUUCUUGAAUCUACUAAAUUUACACUAUUUAUUUAGCACUAUUUGACAAAUACUUUUUCGUGCUAUUAGCAUACAGACUCUACUUUUUGUUGAUAUAUUGAUUGUUUUACUGUAUAUUAAAAUAGUUUCAUGUGCAAAAAGUAUKAUCGCUCUAGACAUUAAUUCGGGAUUCAAUGAAUUGCAGAUGCAUUUUAAGGGUYGAAUACACAGUUGUGUUUUUACCUAAGAUCGAAGUAAAAACACAUUGAGACUACAUUGCAUUCUAUAAUGCUUUCUGCUAAUAUGUAAUUGUGUGAUAUCAAAUUAUUKUUUGGUUUUCCUUGCACGUUUCUCCGCUCAUCAUGUAGAGGAAACAGCGUUUGGAGCAGUGCUCCUUCCUACCUGCUGGAAAUUCCUACGAAAUGAUGUGAAUUGUAAAUAUUUUCAGUUCAAUAUGUAACGUUUUUCACUGAAUAUAUGUAUAAUCUUAGGACUUGUUGUAUUAAAACAGACAUGCACAAGA